CGCAGGCAGCUAAUCAUCGUUGAUAACGCGCUUCUUCUCUUUCGUUGUCGCCCUCGUCGUCGUCUCCUCUUCUCCACCGCCACCUCUCGAUCUCUAGAUCCACCCUUUCGAUCCCAAAUCGAAGAACUAAUCGGCCUCCACUUCUAGGGCUUCGAUCGGCGAUGGAGUUCUUCGCCCGGGCGAAGGCAGUGCGGCUGCGGAGCCACCACGACAAGUACCUGGCAGCAGAAGACGACGAGGAGCGCGUCGCCCAGGACCGCGACGGAUCGUCCCGAAAUGCCAGGUGGACCGUGGAGCGCGUCGACACUGCCCCUCACGUCCUCCGCUUCCGCAGCUGCUAUGGCCGCUACCUCACCGCCUCCAACGAGCCCUUCCUCCUCGGCGUCACCGGGAAGAAGGUCACGCAGACCCUCCCCGCCCGCCUCGAUUCCUCCCUCGAGUGGGAGCCUGUCCGGGACGGCGCCAGGGUCAAGCUCAUGACCCGAUACGGUAACUACCUUCGUGGCAACGGCGGUCUUCCCCCAUGGCGCAACUCCGUCACCCACGACGUCCCUCACCGGACUGUGACCCAGGAGUGGGUCUUCUGGGAUGUGGACGUCGUCGAGGUCCUGCACACUCCGCCUUCCGCUCCUGGUUACAAGGCUGCGGCGUCCUCAUCGGAGAAAUUGCCUAAAUUGGAGGUCCAACCCAAUCCGCCUUCCACCCCUGAUCCGAUAGCUGUGCCGCCCUCGUCGGAGAAAUUGUCCAGAUUGGAGUCAUUGGAUUCUUUUUCUGCUCCAGUGCACAAAGUUGAAGGUAGGAGUGUGUUCUAUGCCAUUGCAGAUGAUGCUGGAAAUGUGGAUGACAGUGUGGAGUGGCCUCAUUUGACUUUCAAAGGGACGAGCGUACUCGAAUUGACGGAAAGGUUGAAGGAGGAAACGAAGAUUGAUGAUAUUAUUGUGUGCACCCGGAACCCGCUGAACCAGCACCUCAUACCUCUUUUUCUGCACUUGCCACCCAAUAAUGUGAAAAUACGACUUGUGGUCGUCGAUGCCAAUUCAAAAGUUGCGAAGAACUUCAACAUUUAAAGGACAAAUUUUAUCAGUGCUGAUGGUGAGCCAACUUCUGCAAAUCAUAUCACGAUCAUUCAACUCCAAAGCAUAUAGUGGCAUAAUUUUUUGCCAGAUUGGGAACUUGAGAAAGUUUGAUAGGGGCUGAAAAUUUCAAUUUAAUUGGGAAAUGAGACUGAUGUGAUAAAGAGCAAAAGAGGUAUGCAUUGAAUAUUUAAGAACUUUACUUGUAUUUGUUGAGAAAGAAAACUAAAAUGCUGUGUCUAAGACACUAUGUAAUCAGAAUUUAUUCUUUAGAAUUGUUUAAUAUGCCAAAAGAGAAGCUUAUCUUCUAACUUGAA